AUGUCUUCACAAGUCACUCCCACCGUUCCCACAGCCCGAGCUGAGCCACAAGGCGAGCCAACCAAACAGCCGAGACGGAGGGCCUGCAAUGAGUGCAAGCAGCAAAAACUUCGAUGUGAUUUGGUGGCCGGCGACAGCGCCCCAAGUACGUGCUCUCGAUGUCAGAGACUGAGUCUUGCAUGCAAAGUAGACACCGACUUCCGAAGGACACGGAAGAGAAGGAAAUCCUUUGAGCUGGAGAAUGAAGUCAGAGAGCUUAGACGUCAAUUAGCCACUCGCGAAACUACCAACGCUGCACUUGAAUGGCCAAUCCUAACUCCAGCAGCUCCUUCCGAGGCGCGCGUUAGCGAGGCAGCUGUAUCAUCGGUAUCCGGGGCGUCUGGCGUAUCGCCAGAUCCAAAAGAAAGCUCUCGUGUGCCGGGACUGACUACACAACCCGUCAUCGACCAACCCCAGGCACCGCGGAGAUCGAUCAUUACCAUUCCAAGGGCCAGGAAGCUAGGCAAUGUUGAGCUGUCUGUCGAAGAGAUUGAUGAGCUGUAUCUCAUUUAUAUACUUCACUACCACCCAUAUCUACCAUUUUUGGAUCCGAGCACCUCGCUUCAUGAGUACUUCGAAUCGUCUGAGCUCCUUUUUUGGUCCAUCAUUUCUGUCGCCGCCCGAAGACUACAAAGCCAUCCCACACUACUGCCUAAGCUCGCGAGAAGCGUCACCGACUAUCUAUGGAAAACCCUUCGCUCUAUUCCAUAUUCACUCCGAGCAGUGCAAAGCCUGGUGAUUCUCUGUACAUGGCCUUUUCCGACAAGCAGCAGCACUGCAGAUCCAACGUAUAUGCUAGCGGGCAUGAUGGUGCAGAUUGGAACGCAAAUGGGGCUACAUCGCGCUCUCAACGCAGAGGACUUUGUCAAGGUUCCUUUGCAUCUCAGCGUGUAUGAGUACUCCGAAUGGGUCAAGACAUGGGAAGCUUGCAAUAUUGUCGCACAAAGCGUAAGUGUCGGAUGCGGCCUGCCAGCUACGAUACAAAUGCACGAUUGGUCCCUCACGGUUGCACCCGAGUCGACAAUGUCAUCACCUCACGAUAUUGCUCUGAGAUGGCAUCUUCGCAUCGAACAAUUUCGAUAUAGAGUGUCUCAAGCGCUGACAUCCAAUGCUCUCGACCCUGCCGGAUUCAUGUCAGCUCGUGAGCGACUCUCACUGUACCGACUUCUCAACGCGUCUCUCGUGGACUUGGAGCGCGAGGCAAUAAAUAUGACGCCCAUAACUCGUUACUAUCUCGCCGCCGCCCGUCUUCAUCUCCACUCGUUCUACCUCUUUGACGAACCUAGUGUCGAUGGAUACUCCGACCGCAUCGUUGUAUUAUACCAAACUGCCUAUUCACUGAUAGAGCAAUGCCUUGAGAUGGAUAAUCAGGAAAGUGGAUUCUUUCAUUACUGCCCAUUCUUCUGUUACCAGGUGUUUGUCUCUGCGGCCUUUAUCAUUCUCAAAGUGAUGAUGAAUGGGUAUUUCGAAAAGCUACUGGAUAUUGAAGCUGGAAAAAGACUGCUUGAUGCCGCCAUAUCGUCACUGCGAAAGAUGUCGGUUGCGAAUAACGAUCUCCCGGGCCGUCUCAGCGACGUCAUUGGCUUCUUUUGUACUCUGCCGGAUCCUCGAGUCAUUAGCGGUGACUCCGUUGAUGAUUUGCGCCUGCGUGUUCGAAAUCGCCUGAGCAUGAGCAUCGUUUACGACUCGCUGUGGGAAUGGCGAAAACAUUUCCAAGCUGACGGUGGCGAUAAUGAAAACUCUGAAGAAGUACAAGAUAAGUUGAUGAUUCCGAAUUACGCCCGUCUUCGCUAA